AUGGUCUCGUCCAUGGAUUCUUCCCAGGUCCCUGGGAACGGCGCUCGUUUCUACCCCUGUGAUGAAGCAGAACUCCUUGCCUCCCCCUUAGGCGAGGACAAGUCCGGAAAUUCGAUCCCGUUAUUAGGAUCAGAAGCCUUCACGGUCAUGCCACUGCCAUUCCUGGCUCUGCGAGUGUACGCACGGCAGAGGAUGAAGCAGUUCAGCUUGGAGGACUGGCUGAUGUGUAUUGGUUGGUUGAUUAAUAUGGUCCAUAACGCUGUGAUUAUCUAUGGUACCCACACAGGACUUGGUUCUCCAGAUUCGAAAAUCCCAGGCGGUCCAACUGGACCGAUCUUUAUGGAGGGAGCCAAGAGUGUAUUCUUGUGGCAGGUCUUUUUUCUCAGUGGCCUCGUCUUCAUCAAAGUCAGCAUCUGCCUCACCUUGCUCCGCAUCGCGGUGAUCAAGUGGCACCGCACCACGCUAUGGGUUCUCAUCGUCAUCACGGUCGUGUCCACCAUCUUCGUCGACUUCUAUAUCCUCCUGCAAUGCCGUCCCAUAGCGGCUACGUGGGGCGAAGUUCCCGGAACUUGCCUGUCCAGUACAAUUACUGUCAGCAUCACAUUCAUCAUCUCGGCCUUCAACCUUGUAACCGACAUCACCACCGCAUUGCUGCCAUUCCUUAUGCUUAAGGAUGUUCAGAUGACCAAACAACAGAAGACGGCCAUCAUCAGCAUUCUGUCGCUUGGAGUUUUGGCCUCUAUCGCUACCAUCGCGCGUCUCCCUUUUGCAGAAGCGUACUUUGCUACGUCAGAUUAUCUUGAAGGCAUCGGCGACAUCAUUCUCUGGACAAUAGUCGAGUGCGAUCUAGCUCUCAUUGCUGGCUCCCUGCCAAUGUUGCGCACCCUUUUCAAGUCAAUUAAGGGCUCGAUACAGCAGAAAUCAAGCAUGCACACGAACUCUACCGAGCUUCUCGAGAUGGGACGGGCCCAGAAGAUCCGGGACCAGGCUGACGUCGAUCGCAUCGUCAUCACCGUCGACCACGUUGUCGACCACGAGACUCGCAGCGUCCCUUCUGAGCGCUGGGCGUCGUCCUCUCCGGCGGCCUGGGGCGGAUGUCGGGAUGCCCUCUUGGCCAACUGGUACAUGGGCAUGACAGCGUUUGGCGGGCCGCCUGUGCUUUUCCCAAUAUUCUACAGGAAGUUUGUGGAACAGGAACAGUGGAGCGACGAGUAG